UUCAGAAUCGUUGCCAUCGUGGUCGUGGUCGGUUUUGGUAUCGGAUUGUGUGUGUUCUGGCCUGUUCUGGCCUGGUCUGGUCUGGGGCUCUGCCUUUGCUCUACGUUCCGCUCCAUUCCGUUCGGUUUCGCUUCAGAUUCGGUUCUGGGCUCUGUUUUGGUUUUAGCUUUCGGAUUCGUAUUGCCGAGCGAACGAAACGCCUUGCAGGUCGCGUACGCCGGCGGUUUGCCAAAAUAAAUACCGUUUAGAGAAUAUCCAAAUGCCCAGAGCGAAACACCCGGUAAACCCCGUUGACCGGUGGUCUAAAAGUCAAAAAUUCAAUUUACGCGCCCGGCUUAUUAUACACCAGAAGCCGAAGAGCCAUGCCAUGUAAAACGUCAGCGACAAGAAACAGCCAUAAAAAAGUGAGCGAAAAAUAAAGGAUAUCAAAUAGAGGAAAAAAAUGAAAACCAAAUGAAAACCACCCAAGGAAAAUAAAGCGGAAUAUAAAAAACAAAACAAAACAAAACAAGGUGACCUUUCGGUAAACCAACAGCCCCACCCCCACAACUAUAAAUAGCUCAGCUCACCAAUAAAGAAACAAAAAACGUUCAAAAAGCAAGUGAAAAUCAUUUAAUUGGAUUUCCAUUCACCUUGACUCUUUGGAUACACUCAACGCCCCCCGUACGGGUACUGCCCGCGUGGCACCCACACAGGCAACCUUUGGCCUAAAUGAUGCCCGAAACUGAACGCGACUCGCAGUUGGUGGCAGCUGAAAUGGUUAGCGGUGCCCUGGGGCAUGGUUAUGGCAUAGUCAAGGAUCAGAAGCAGCAUCAUCAUCAGCAUCAUCAUCAGCAGCAGCAGCAACAUCCCAGUCAUCCGCAUCAGCACCAGCUGCAGCUGCAGCAGCAUCAGCAGCAGCACAACUCCACCGCCGAUCUCUACAAGAUGGCCACCAGCACCUAUGUGUACAGCAAUCCUUUGACCAUACCACCCACAUCCGUGUCAUCGAUGGUCAGUCCGAGCAGCAAGGAAAAGCUGGUCAAUCUGCUGCGCGUGCGCGACAACAACAAUUGCCACCAGAAUAUGGGCAGCCCGAUCUCCGCCAGCACGCCCAAUAGUUGCAGUCCACCAACGACAUUUCUGCAGAAGCAACUGGAAGCGACACCCACUAGACCCAGCUCAGUGCAUCCACAGCAGCAGCAACAGCAGCAGCAACAUCAGCAGCAGCAGCGUCGCUCUGCUGCUAGCACACCCACAUUAACACCCACACAAGCCCCAACCAACUGGCAUGCCCAUGUCUAUGCCCGUCCACCCAAUCGUCCAACUCCGCACUCUAUAGCCGACAUCCUGGGCAUGGCCGUGGGCGAGAAGUGUGUGCCGGAGAGCGCCUUCGAUCCAACAGGUCCGGCCAAAUCGCCCAACAGCAUUCUGCAACAGUACCAGGAUCAGGCACCCAUGCGCAGCGCCUCCAUCUCGAUGAGCGAUGCCAGCGAGGAGGAUGGCUCUGUCCAUGCCAAUGCAACUGGAGCUGGAGCUGGAGCUGGUGGAGGGCCAACUGCGCCCAUAGCUGCCACCCCGCUCGAUCAGCCAUUAAAUCUGUGUGUGGCCAAAAAGUCACGCGAUGCUCACAACAGCUCACCCAUGCCCUCAGCCUCCAAGCAGACAACACUCCUCGGCAAGACCAAGAAGGAGAACUCGGGCAAGCCGCCGGCCAAAAAGAAGAAAACAGCAACGACCAGCACAACGGCGGCUGCAGCCCCAGUGGCCAUGCCACCGGACAUAAGCCCCACGGGCAGCAGCGACAGCCUGAUGCGGGACAAGCUAAUGGCCACCAGCACCAGUUCAUCGGCCAGCACCGGCAAUGCGCCACAGCAGUUAGCCAGCAAUAACAAUAGCAAUAUGGAGACCACCGAAGACGACUCCGAUUCGGGCUCGAACGAUGCGCGGCGCAAGAAGAAGGCGCGGACCACCUUCACGGGUCGCCAGAUCUUCGAGCUGGAGAAGCAGUUCGAGGUCAAGAAGUAUCUCAGUUCCAGCGAGCGCACCGAAAUGGCCAAGCUGCUGAUAGUCACCGAAACACAGGUUAAAAUCUGGUUCCAGAACCGUCGCACAAAGUGGAAAAAGCAGGAUAAUGUCACCAAUAAUGAGGCAGCCGAGCACAAAUCCACAAAUGCAAAUAAAUCGGGCGGAGGCACAGAGCAGACGGCCACGGCCCCAACAACAACAACAACAACAACAACAGCUGGUGGCAAUGCUGCUGUGGAGAGUGCUGCUGCUGGCACAGCAGCCACCAAAAAGUCUACAAAUGCCCAAGGAGAGAAAACUCGCGGCAACAACAAUAACAACAACAACAAUUCGGUCUCUUUGGCCAACAACAAUAGCGUUAACAAUGAGAGCAAAUUGGCAAACAAACAGGCAAACUCCAAAGUUAAGAAACAAUUGAAUGCACUGCUGGAGAAGGCAGCAAAAACAUCAAAUUCGAAUGGCGGCAGUGCCUCAAAUCGCAGCGAGAAUGGGAAAGUCGUCGAAUUGGCUGCUGUCAAUGCCGGAAGCGGCAUGCACAAAUCCACGGAGAAGCGUCACCAUCCAUCCAACAACAACAACAACAAUGUGGGGGAGUCAAAGUUGAUGCAUCAGCGCCUGCACCAGCAUGCCAUACCACUGACCGUGGAGCCGGCCGCCCCCUUGGAGCAGACUGAGAAGCUGGACAUCAAGCUGGAAGAGUCGCCGCAGCAUCGCGAGCUUCAGUUGAGCCUGCAGCGUGCUGCUGCCGCUCAGCAGAACGGCAGCAGUCCGGCGGCGGCGCUCCUGACCGAAAUGGAUUUCGAGAGCAAGAUAUCCAAGAUAUCCAUAGCUUUGGCCAUGGCCAGCAAGCAGAUGAAGCAGGCCGAGGUCGAGGCCGAGGCCGUGACCAAGGAGAAGCUGUUGAAGCAGGAAAGCGAGUCUGAGGACGAUGAGGAGACGUCCACCGAGCAUGGUGACUCCACAGAGGCACACGACUCCCAGGAUCAGGAUGUGUCGAUGCGCGAGAUCUAAGCUGGUGGGAGGGGGAUCGGAUCACCCACCAGGAAACAGUCAAAUUAACCUGUGCCAAAAAGUCGAAUAUUGCUCACACCACACACCCACACACACACACACACACACACACACAGAAACCCCUCCUACCUACCUACCCACACACACAUUUGAUAUAAAUAAUUUAAAGAUAUAUAAUUCUAAUUGUAACUAUAAAUAUAAAUAUAAUUUACUUAACACGUACGAUUGUAACUCUGUUCACCCCUAGGCGUGUGUAUUUCUAUUUGUAUUUGUAUUUAAUUUAUUGUAUGCUUAAGCGAUUUAGCCUAGGCUAGGACUAGGACUAGGCCUUGUAAAUGUUGCCAUUAGAAACGCAUUUAUGUAAAUGUUUAAUGGAGCCACACAGCGCCAGCCACUACGUAAAUGUAAUUUGAACUUUCGAAAAUUUCAUGUGAUAAUGUAUACGAUGGCGUGGAUAGACGACGGAAGAUAGCGGCUAGAGG